AUGUUCCUCUUCACCGACAGCCAUAAACCAAGUUGUACAGCGUGUCCUGUCGGAAUCACCGGCGGCCCACCAGUAUUCGCCUCCGAUGGUGAGUAUCGUUAUUAUUAUUACGAUGAUAAUCACGAUGAUGGUGAUGGCGAUGGUAGUGGUGGUCAUCACGAAGAGGAAGAAGAAGAAGAAGAAGAAGAAGAAGAAGAAGAAGAGUAUGCUAACGGUGACGUCAAAAUCAACAACCAUGAUAUUUUAUAA